UGGAAAAGCGGGUAUGUCAUGUUUGUGAUUGGCUGGCUUGUUGCUCAGCCUUGACCUUCAUCCAGAAUCCAGGAAAUACAGAUAGAAAAAGCGUCGCACCUGGACACAUUCAGUUUAAAAAACAGAAGAUCAAGAUGGAAUCCAGUUGCAUGAAGUACAUGUUAAUAAUCUUCAAUGUACUUUUAUUUCUAGUCGGCGGUGCUGUGAUCGGCGUUGGGGUGUACACUCUGCUCACGGAGUUCGGGGCCCAGGAGAUGUCGGUGUUGUUGGGGGACGAACUGUAUGUGGCCGGCGUCUACACGCUGAUCGUGGGCGGCGUCGUCGUCAUCAUCAUCGCAUUCCUCGGCUGCUGUGGCGCCUUCAUAGAGAACAAGUGCAUCCUCGGCUUCUAUGGCGUUCUCAUGUUGCUGACACUUAUUUGCUUUAUUGCUGUGUGCAUUUUGGGAUUUGUUUUUCGUGGGCAGAUAAAGGUCCAACUGAAGAAAGAGGCGGAGACAACUCUGAUUUACAAGUAUGGCGUUGACUUGGAAUCCUCGCUGAACGUGAGGGUGACCAAGGCCUGGGAUGACGCACAGGUCAAGCUGAAAUGCUGCGGCGUCACAGGGGACGUCAACUCCACGAGGUCAUGGGCGGUGUACAAACUGAAUUCCACAUGGUUCUCUGAGUCUACUGCUGCCAACAAGUCAUACGUACCAGAAAGCUGCUGUAAACCAAACCGUGACAUUGCUGUCUGUACCGGACUGGCGGCUAUCGAUGGAGCCCCAGUAUUAGGACCACCAAUAAAUUCGUCUAUGUCAGCCAAUGACAAUCUCUACACUGAUGGUUGCUAUGACAAAACAGUCGAUCAUCUGGACAAAUAUGCCAUGAUCAUUGGCUAUAUUGGCGUUGCUACCAUUAUUGUCAUGGUCUUGGGACUCAUAUUCGCCUUCUGUUUAUGCAGACAGCUUAAUGCAUCAGGAUACACGGUUUAACGUGGCAGAUACAGCGUUUAGAGAAUGUGUGUCUUCUUAAUAGAUGCAGCUAAACACAUGAAAUGCAUAAACAAGUUACACGCAAGUCAGAGAACCAAAAUCUUACACAAGUCUGAAAAGAAAUCUAAAUCUUCCUGUUUUCAUAAUAAUCGUAAUCAUAAUCGAGUGUAUUGUAGUCCAAGGUUCUGGUCCACGAAGUGAUCAUAGCCCUAAGAUCACCGUAAGUGCAUAACUACCUUAUGAACUUAAGGUGGUCUUAGCGCUACGGUCGCUUCGUGGAACGGGGCCCUAGUUUGCAUAAUAAUUAUAGUGAUAAAUGUUUGGAUUUACGAGAACACAUUUGAAACAGGUUGGUGGGAGGGUGGUUCUUUAGACAGCUAGAAUUCAGAUAAUCUAAAUAGUUAUUUGUCUUAUUUUGUUUAACAUUUAUAUGCAAUAUUUUUUUUUUAUCAACAGUGUAUUUGAGAGAACUAAGAGAAUAAUGUAAUUGUAAAACAUUAUAAUGUACUUUCCAUCCAAACGAUUCAAGGACUCUUGCUGUGCUUAAAUAUCACUGCAAGUCUGCGUUUAAACUUAAAGCGAUAAUCAUGUAUGCUAUGUGAGUUAAUUCUUAGUUUGGGAACACCCUUUUGAUUCACUUCCAGAUUCGCCCCGGCUUUUAUUUAGUGUUCACGUAAUAGUGUGUUCGUCGAAUCUGAGAUUUUAUUAUAGAAUUUUGUCUAACAAAACUUAUUAAAAUUAACUCAACCUAUUUUAAAUACAAUAUGAUAUUGUGUUUUUUAAUUGUUUAGCCGAACACAAUUUUAUUUAAUAUAAUUUAAAAGAAAUAUAAGCUGUACAUGUAGGAACCUUAAAAGACAUUAUUAAUAUAUCGACACACUUUGUAAGACAGAAAACGUCUUUAAUUGUAUAUACUGAGAAUGUACAAAUGUUGAAUCGUGUAAAACGAGUGUUUCAAAUUAAAAUGCCAGAGGAAGGCGUAAUUAACGUUAAUUACAGACUUCUAAAACUACACGAACGUGUCAGGAGAUGUGUGUUCUUGUUCACUUUAAUUUCGGUUAUACCACGUCAAUUACGUUUACGACGAGGAGCAGAAUUUUAUUAUCCACGUGACUAAGUAUAUAGUUUUCUGUAUAUAACACAUAUCACAUGCGAUGUGACGUUAUAUACUCACAGCUGUGACGUGACCAUACUGGAUUUUUGUGUGAUGUAAUCAAGGCUGUACCUAGUCUAAAAACCUGGGGGUGGGGGCAGUAAAUCAAGAAUCGGGUAUUAUAAGUAUUAUAAGGAAGUGCCUUCUCCAGCUAGAGAAAUAGGACACUUCUUUAGGGGGUAUACCACCAAAUCAAAUCCCAUAGACGACAAUACCUAUAGAAUCAUAAAGAACACUUUUUCUUUUCCUGUGGGGGACAAUUGCUUCACCCCUACCUCCCACACCCCACCUAGUUACGACACUGGUAAUGGAAUUGACAAGGCAAGCCCAAUAUAACGAGUCGGAGGCGUUUCGAGGUUUAAUUGAGAAAAACUGUUUGCAAUGUUUUAAUGAACACUUGCGUUCUGAUAAAAAAAUAAAUUAUCACACCUGUUUUGUGCUACACAAAAGUCAUUUCUUUAAAAUACUCACUCGUCUAGCUCGCUAAAGAAAAUAAUUUAUAAACUCUUUUGAUGGAUUUUGUACUGUACACGCAGCUUCAAUAAUAAUCUUGCAAAUGUUGCCGUUGAGAGUGCAGCGUUGAUGUGUGUGUGUGUGUGUGUGUGUGUGUGCGUGUGUGUGUGUGUGUCUUUCUGUUUGUGUUUGUGUGUGUGUGUGUGUGCGAGAGAGAAGACAGACAGAAUUUGACUGGCUGAUUUAUGUACAAUAUGUAGCAUUAUAAAGUAGCCUAUUAAAACCCUGUAAUUUUUAAUACAGAUGACCACUUCAGCAAUUUACUGAACUUAACCUUUUAACCUUUACAUUAUAUAUGUUUCAUUAAUAAAUCCUUUAUUAAAUAA